ACCUUGUUAUAGUUGCCUCUCAUCCUUUCCAUUAUCAGUCUAAUCUUUUUCACAAAAUUUUCUCUAUAUGUAUACAUUUUUAUACACAUAUGUUUGUAUAUAUGUGUGUGUGUCUGUGAAUUGAUUCUUGAUUUGAUCUAUUUGAGCGAGCUAUUUGUUUAUACCACCUAGAGAAUAAAAUGUUUAUUCCCACCAAAACCCCCCCUUACUCACAUGGGAAACCUUGAAAAAACAAAAACAAAAACCAAUUCCCCCUAAUUUUUCUUCAGUCCUUUCGCAAAGAGAAGCCCUAGAAUAUGAUACGCCGACCGCCACAGUCCUUGAUUCCACUGACCACAACCUUCGUUCGCCUUGAUUUGCAUACUUGUCGUAUUUCUACCCUCAUUGAAGACUUUCAAGCGCUGCCUCAUUCUAGUUCUCUCUCGAGUACUCUUCUUUUCUUUUAUCUCUCUCAAAAUACUGCGGUUUCAGUUUGGCCGGAGAAUCGAAGAGAUCUGGGGCAUAUUUCAUAAUGCUAUCUUUCUCUCGGUGGGAUUUCACGAUUGCCUCUCUAGCACCCCUAUCCAUACUACAACAACGUUCACAGCCGCCACCAGGUGCCAGGCUGACUUCACACAUGGAGGUGCUUUAACUAAGUUUUGGUGGUUCAUGGAUGCUGUUUUCAACAAUGGUGUAUAGAGAUACAUUAGUUAAAUGAACAUUGGUGAUGUGAUUGAUAGAGAUUUGUGUGAGCAGUUCCUAACAUUGCCGCUGGAUCUGCAAUGAAAAAUUGCAGAUGAAUUGGACAUAACUCCAACAGAGAUUUUGAAGAAACUUGAAGAAGUUCGAAAUAAGACCAUUUGAGAAUUAUUAGUCCUAAGGUAAAUUCAUGCCUGUGAUAAAGAAGGCAAUGGUAGAGCUUGAAGGAUUGAUUAUCACCAAUUCAUUAGGAGUAGAAGAAUCAGAAUUUUUAUGGUUCCAGUUUACAACAAAGGUCAAAUACUAAGCUUCUUUUAUGAUUGCACAAUUUUAAUGCUUUUUAUACUCAUACUUAGGGGGGUCACGUACCUUUAAGUGACCAAUUUUGCGGUGUAUCUUGAACUUUAUUACAUUAUUGGUACAUCAGCCCGUGUGGAGGCCAUUUUUAUUUCUUGUUUUAAAAUGUUGAAAGCAUGGGAGUAUGGGAUCAUCGUAUGUGGAGGUUUUGAUUGAUUAUUGUGGAGGAGAAGUUGUUGAUAUGUUGUUUAUAAAAUGAAACAAGAUUUUGAAAAGAAAUUCUGUCCGUCCCUAAUUGUUGCGUGCCAAAAGAGCUUUAGGGACAGUAAAAUAUGACUGUGACUAAAAAACUCGACUUUUAAGGACAGUAUUUACUGUCCCAAAUAAUACCGUCCCUAAUAAAUUUUAGGGACGGUAGAGAUUGUCCCUAAUACUCUAUAUAUUAAGGACAGUUUUUAUGAACGUCCCUGAUGCAUAUAAUUUUGAGGACAGCAUGUACCGUCCCUAAACACUAAUUUUAUUUAUUUUUUUAUAUUAUUUUUUGGACCACAUGCACCAUGUUCUUUCUUUGGUAUCAACAUCAUCACCAUGUUCUCUUUUUAAAAACUUCCAAAAAAAAAAAGAAAAAAUUCAUCAUAUACAAAACAAUAAAAUAAGCUUUAAACCAAAUCUAACAAUAGCCAUCAAAACAAAAAUAAAUCCACCACAUCGGUCUCUAGAAAAGUAGAAAGUGAUAUAAGUAUAUACAUGUAUGUGUGUAGAGAGAGAAAGAGGGGCCUUCAUGGAAAAGUAGAAAGAACUCACAAUUGUUGGAGAUGAUAAUCAGAAACCUGAAGCCGAAGAAGGUCGAAUGGUCGAUGUGGUCGAAGAAGAACUCACCACCGAUGAAUGCAGGGAAUAAUUAUAAGAAGUAUAUCUAAUUCUUGAGAAUCAAUCCCAGUAGAAUAAUUUCAAACAUUCAAUAUAUUAAAAAUAUAAGAUAUGUUGUGUCUAUACAAGAACAAACUAGUUAGCUAGGAUGAGGAGACGAUCACAGCUAUAGUAGGGGAGUAGUGUCUAAUAUAAAAUGUUUGAAAAAAGUUAAAAUAAGGUGCAUUACAUUGUAACAUUUAUUGAGUUCUCCGUUUUUUUUUUCCAAUUAUUUAUAUAUUUUUUUUGGGUACAACUUCUGAGAGGACCUGAUCCUAUGACAAAGACUAUAACUCGGCGGGGCAAACCCAAAGCCCAAUCCAAAAAAAUUGGGGUUUUGGCAGUGUUAUUUGGAAUUUGGUCUAGGCUUGGAUUCAUCCAUGUUUAGCAACCCAAAAUCCAACCCGAACCUGUCAUGAAUUAGCUAACAUUUUUUUUUUUAAGGUAGAAGUGUAGAUGAGUUAGAAAGUUAAGCUAGAUUCUAUUAUUUUCCUACAUUAAUGCAUAUUCCUACAUACAAGGUUGAGGGUGGUGAAUAUAUUUUUUUACCUUCAUUUGCUUUGUGAUUUGUGGUCAAGAGAUCAAGUUGGAAGUUCUCCACCUGGUUUAUGAACUCUCUAGAUUCUGUCAUGUGACAGAAUCUAAUCCAUUGGAAAUCUUUCAACCUUGUUUUGAGAUUUUUGAAAGGUUUUAAAGUGCAACUGGUUGAAAUUAAUCGGUUGCACAUGUCAUGUUGCAGAGACAUUAUUUUUGGAUAUAUUUUAUAUUCUUUUUCAAAUAAAAUUAGUUGAGGUGUUCAAUAGAAUUUUGACAAUACUUUUUUACUUUGACUUGAACGACGAGAGAGUAUUAAAUAUCUAGGGACCGGGGUUAUUCCAACCCAUAAAUGUUAGUUUGCAAUAAUUCAAUGAAUAUAGAAUGUUAAUACGAAUUUUUAAUGGCCUGUUGCGUGAAUUGUAUAUGGAUUAAUUGUUAUAGCCUUUUUUCCUAUUUAAACCCAGUUAACCACACACCCUUAGCAUUAAUAUCAGAUACAACGAAAACUAGACAAAUCUUUCAAAUUAAGUGCAGUCCUUGUCAUUUAUCCCCUGAUCUUGUUGCAGUUGGAGUGUAUGAAGAAAUCAUAAAAUUAACAUCAGCACAGUAUAUAAACAAUUUAGCAUAAAUUCGUGCAUGAGAGUUCCUGAAUCAAUACGAAUCAUUAAAAAAUAAAAAAAGAAAAAGUCAUAGACAUUAUCCAUCAAUUAGAUACAGAGGUUCUUGCUAAUCCAAUAUCCAAAGCAGAGAGUAUUUAUGAAUUUUAUGUUUCAAUCCUAUAAAAAAGCAAAUAUACAGAUCUGAGAAGCACCGGAAAAAAAUUUUAAAUAUAUAAAAAUGUUUGUGUUUGAUUCAUAAAUGAUAAUCUUGUUAUUUCCUUUUUUUAUUAGCAUUCUGAAUUUGAGACUUGUGUGAUGCAGUUACUCUCGUAUCUGUGUUUAUGCUAUCUGUGUUUAUGCUACCUACUUCAUAAGUGAUUAGUCAGUUUGGAUGUAGAACUGGCCCAUUACUAAAAUUGAAAAAUAAUAAUAAUAAUAAUAAUAAUUUAAGUCCAAUGACAAAUGACUAGAUAUAAUAAAAGAGUAAUUAUAGGAAAUUUAACAGUCAAAUAAGUCUCAUUAAUUUCAUGUGAGUAGAAAUAAUAUUAUUGUUAAUGACAUUGUCUUAAUGAUCCACUCCCAUAUAUUUGUUCAUAUUUGUGGAUGAUUCUUUAUAAACGUGUAUGCAAAAUCAAUGAGUCACGUCAUUAGUUAUUCCAACUUGCCUCUUUCACGUAAAUAGCAAAUAAAUAUUGAAGGAGUUCUUAUUGAAUUUGAACUUUUUAUGGACGCAUUGAAACUUAAUCAAUACGACUAUGGAAUCCCAAGUAAAAGUGGGGUUGGUGGACCAUAGUCUAAUUAAGGCUAUACAACAAUGUGUGAUUUUUUUGGGGUUCCCAAACGUAUUGGUAACAUUUUCUAAUUAUGUCGUUUAUGAGGUCAUUCCCGAAUUAUAUACCAUCAAACAAGAUUUCAGAUCAAGUGUUAAUUAAUCUUUCUAAUUUUUCAUUUUACGUGCACAAAGAACUUUAUGUUAAAAUAAAAAAAAAAUAACAUCACUAAAUAAUAAUUUGAUUGUUCUUGUUAUCUUAGAAAGUCCGAUUUUUCAAGCUUCCGCACCCCUAAUUUUUAAAAUAAUAUUCUUAUCUUGAGAUUAGCAAUUUUGUAAUUUCAAAAUUAAGAUUUUUGUUAAUCCAAUUUACUUUUUUUUUUCUUUAAAAAAAAAAAAAAAAUGGAUGGAGAAGAGACAGAUGUGUAAUGAUUGGCCCCUAAAACAGAUACAGAAAGGACAUUGGAUUUUUAAAUUCACAUACAUACACACACAUAUAUAUAUAUAUGGGACAUAUUGCAAAUUUGCAAGUUGCAACAAGUUUGAAACAACGAAAUUAUCGUUUUACAUGCUUCGACGGGUAUUAAAUUUGGUAGACUGAAAAAUUAAUGAUUGUGGGUUCGUAACCAACAGAGAACCAACUAGCACUGAGUGGAAGCAAACAAAAACGUAGACCAUCGUCAUCAAUGCAGCUCACUGCCUUAGAAUAAAUUAUUGCAUCAAGAGAUAGCCGGAUUGAAAAAUUAAGGAGAAAGAAAAUAUUAAUAACAAUUCUUACUUGGAUAAUUUUCAGUGUUCCUGUACCUUCGUCAUUAAUUACAUUUAUUGAUAGUAAUUUAGGUGUGGCAAUUUAUAUUUGUCGAUCAUAAUCGUGUUGUGUUAAUAUAAAAAUAUUUUAUUUAAUAAUUCAAUUCAAACAAGACAUUUUUAAUAAUCGUGUCAGCAACUUGAACUCUAAUCCAACCCAUUUAUUAAAGGGUUACAGAUGUAACCUAUUUAAUGAUCUAUUUAUUAAAACAAAACAUUAUAUUUUUUAAAUUAUUAAUAAUACUCAAUCAAACAAUAAGUACUAGAAAAAUAUAAGUUUCAAUCCAACCAAAUUACUAAAUACUCUCUAAUUUACUAAAUAAUAAAGUAUAAAACACAAAUUAAAAUAGUUAUUUUGAAACUUAAAUAAAAAUUUGUUUAUUAUUAGUAUAGUUAAACAUGUAUAAAUGGAUUACACGGGUUAAACCCUCAACCCAAAUAUCAUACGAUUAGUUAAUCAUGUCGAUUCGUUUAUAAUCCGAAUCCGUUUAAGGUCAAUUUAAACCCGUUUAACUUGUGUCAUGUUCGAGUCAUGUUAACAGGUCGUGUCAAACUUUGACACCCCCAUAGUAAUAUCACAUACUCUGACUCUUUUUUGUUUGUUUGUUUGUUUAAUAUAUUAUUUUAUUUUAGCGAUACUUACACUUACCUCAUCAAUAGAUUACUUAAAUAAUAUGGGUCUCUCCUAUAUUUUCAAAUAUAAUACUGACCUCCCCUAUCAAUGUUGACCUUGACCUGGAUGUGUUAAAUAACUAUCAUACCUAUUUUGCUUUUACUGUUUUUUAAUGCAAAAUAUUUGUUUCUUUAUGGACAAAACAUUUUUUUUCAAGAUUUACUCAAAAAUCUUGAAAUUGAUAUGAUUGGGUUUUAAGUAAAUUUUGAACAUGACAUUAGCGUACAAAAGUGUUACAGUGUUCAAUGACGGAUGCACAUUACACUCAAUGGGGACAAUUGCCCCCACUGAUUUAUUUGUUUAUUUAUUUAUUUUGUCCUGUUAUACACCACUAAGUUUCCUUAUUUUCAAUUACAUAAGUAUAAAGUUUUUAUUUUACCCCCUCUAAAAUUACAAAAAAAUUACACUAAAUUUAUUUUUGCCCCGCUCCCACAACUUCCUGGAUCCGUCUCUGACAAUGUUAUUCAGACUUGAAUCAAAUAAGAGGUUAAUGUUGUUUUUCAAGUUAGAUGAGAACUUCAAGUCGCCAUGUGUGUGUCUGAAUCAAAUAAGAGGUUAAUGUUGUAUUUGAAGUUAGAUGAGAACUUCAAGUCGCCAUGUGCGUGUGUGUGUGUGUGUGUUUGUAUGUAUUAUAUAUAUAUAUGUGGACUUUUCAAAAAUUUGAAAUUGAUAGCACUGAAGUGAUAAGCAUUCACAAUUUCUGGUCUAAACAGUUACGCGUAGUGUCUUUCAAAUGCCAUGAUCAAUGACGGGACCAUUCUCAUCUACUUUAAAGGCUCAUUUUGGAGUCUAUCUUGCUCGAGUAUUUAUUUUGUCAGUCAGUUUGAGAAACUUCAGUUUCAUAUUUAUAAUGGAAUUAUGACUGAAACCACUCAAUACUUGCAGUUGUUGCCGGGUUGAAGCUAAGCCCACUUCUAACCAGUCCGGCGCUUGUCAUCCAAUUCAAAAUUUUAAGUCAUCCAAUUGGGGUUGUCUACCCAAUGUUAUAACUUAUUUGAUUGGGAUAAAACUUAUACUCUUAAUGUUUUCGUUGUGAUCAAAUUACAAUACCUAUUCAUCUACUCUAAUGGUGGGAGGAAUUGAUAGCAAUUCGAUUCCAAAUACCCUCAAGUGAACGAGAAAAUUUUCAUUGUUCAUGUUGUAUUGUAUAAUGGGCGCAUUCAACCGUUUAUUAUUGACAUGUAUAAUAUACCAUACAUGUGCGAACAUGUGUAUUAGACAAAUGGUACGUCCGGUUACACCCGUUGUACCGUUCAACAGCCAAAAAAAAACAAGAAAAAUUCUUCGAUACACGCUUGGCAUGACACUUGAGUGAGUCAACUUUAAUCCCACUUAUAAUAUGUUAGACAAUUGAAAUAAUAAUAAUAAUAAUAAAUAAAUAAAAAAAAAGAGAUCUGUGUUUCAUUAAUUGAGAGGGUAAGAACAUAACAACAUGGGUAUUAUAAACUUUUCUCCUACUAUAAAUGAUGUGUGUUCCAUUAAUUCCAAUCAAAAUUAUCCCACUAACUGAGAACUUAUCCUUCUCAUCACACACACACACAAGAAGUUAUUUUCUUCUCCGAGCUAGCCAAUAUGAGUUCAGCUCAGACACACUUUCUAAUUACUGCACUCUUUUCUAUGCUGAUAAUUUUAAUCUCAAAAGCUGAUUCAGCUGCUCAAACCCUAAUUCCCAAUAAUCAGAAGCCCAUUAACAAUUCAAUUCCGGCAGCUUUCAUAUUCGGAGACUCGACAGUUGAUUCCGGAAACAAUAACUACAUCAUGUCUCCAUUUAAGAGCAAUUUUCCACCUUAUGGCAGAGAUUUUCCGAACCACAUUCCGACUGGAAGGUUUUCUAAUGGACGCCUCGUUACAGAUUUUAUUGUUUCAUAUGUGGGCAUCAAAGAUUUCGUGCCACCAUAUUUGGACCCAACGCUUACCCUCCAGGAGCUGAUGACUGGAGUUAGUUUUGCCUCUGCUUCCUCCGGAUUCGACCCUCUUACACCACAACUAAGUCAAGUCAUUCCAAUCCCAAAACAAGUGGAAUACUUGAAAGAAUAUAAAUCAAGAGUUGAGGUGGCUAUAGGAAAGAAAAGAACCAAAAAUCUGAUGGAGAGGGCUAUAUUCGUUGUUAGUGCUGGCACAAACGACUUCGUUUUCAAUUAUUUUGGUACACCAUUUCGACGAAAAAGCUACUCGGUCUCAACUUACACUCAGUUUUUGAUGCAACACAUCCAAAAGUUCUUGCAGGAUUUGACGGAGCAGGGAGCUCGGCAAAUCUUGGUCGCCGGAUUACCUCCGAUGGGUUGCUUGCCUGUAGCCAUCACCCUUUAUUCCGGAGACGCAUUUCAUCAACGUCGUUGUGUUGAAACACUAUCAUCCGUGGCUAGAGAUUACAAUAAUAUUCUCCAAAAUAAGCUCAAAUCCAUGCAAAACAACACCACCAACAUCCUUUACAUCGACAUAUACAAACCGUUGAGUGACAUGAUCCAACGGCAGGGCCAUUUUGGUAAGUCCAACGAUCAUUCUAUUAAUUCCUGCACCAGAGGAAGUUCAAAUCGCGACCUUCGAUCUGUUUAUGACCUUUCUGUAGGUUUUGAAGAUGUUAGCAAUGGUUGUUGUGGAACCGGGCUUGUUGAAGCAUCAAUAUUAUGCAAUUCAGAAUCAGCUGUUUGCGGUGAUGCCUCCAAAUAUGUUUUCUGGGAUUCAGUACACCCAACUCAAAAGACAUACGACAUCCUCUCUCAGUCUCAGUCCAUCCGUUCCGUUAUUGAUUCCUUCAUCCAUAACUAGUCUACAAUUAAACAUAUAUAUACAUACAUACAUAUAUAUAUAUAUAUAUAUCAUCACUACAUUCAAUAAUGCCAGUGAUUUGUAUAGAUGGAUUGGUUUAAAUAAAUGAAUGUAUCAACAAACCUGUUCUUGCUCUGCACCCUGAUUUCAAU